AGCAAAUAAAGCGGCCGUGAAGAGACCUAACCUAUGACGUCCCAGUAAUAGAGAACUAUAAAAUGACAACGCUUCAAUAUUUGGGAAUAUCAGUACUUUUCAUCAUCGAUCUGUUGGGAGCUGUGAAUGCUGAAGUCAAUACAUUGACAGGGAGAGAGAGGCAGUCUGUCACUCUACACACUGGACUAACUGGACUACAGGCUGAUAAGAUAUUUUGGUUAUUUGGUCCAGUCAUUCCAAACACCUCAAUAGUUGAGAGUCAGGUCAUCAGAGGAGAGAACAUCACAGAAUUCAAAGGAAGAUUCCCAGACAGACUGCAGCUGGACAGAGAAACUGGAUCUCUCACCAUCAGAAAUCUCACCCUCAACAACUCUGGAGUUUAUCAGCUAGACAUUUUCAAUACACACAAAACAUCUCAGAGAUUCUAUCUAACUGUCUAUGCUCCAGUACCACUUCCUCAAGUCAAAAAAAUCCCUGAAGGUGAUUUUCUGGACAGUUCAUCAGAGAAGGGGAGCUGUUCAGUGGUGUGUUCUGUGGAGAACCGGAGAGACAUGACCCUGUCCUGGUACAGAGGAGAGAAGAGACUCAACCAGACCAGCAGCCCUGACCUCUCCACCAACCUGUCUCUCCCUCUGGAGAUAAAGCUACAGGACAACAAUAUCUACAGCUGUGUGGCUGCCAACCCAGUCAGCAACCAGACAACCAAACUCAACAUUGAAACACUCUGCCUUCAGUUUGUAGAGUCUGAUCCUUAUCUAAUCACAAUCGUUGUGAUAGUCCUUGGAAUAGGCCUGACGUUAUUUAUCGUAAUAUGCUGCAUCUGGAAAAGGAAAUAUAUUAAAGAUCUGUUGGGAGCUGUGAAUGCUGAAGUCAAUACAUUGACAGGGAGAGAGUGGCAGUCUGUCACUCUACACACUGGACUAACUGGACUACAGGCUGAUAAGAUAUUUUGGUUAUUUGGUCCAGUCAUUCCAAACACCUCAAUAGUUGAGAGUCAGGUCAUCAGAGGAGAGAACAUCACAGAAAUCAAAGGAAGAUUCCCAGACAGACUGCAGCUGGACAGAGAAACUGGAUCUCUCAGCAUCAGAGAUCUCACCCUCAACAACUCUGGAGUUUAUCAGCUAGACAUUUUCAAUACACACAAAACAUCUCAGAGAUUCUAUCUAACUGUCUAUGCUCCAGUACCACUUCCUCAAGUCAGAAAAAUCCCUCAAGGUGAUUUUCUGGACAGUUCAUCAGAGAAGGGGAGCUGUUCAGUGGUGUGUUCUGUGGAGAACCGGAGAGACAUGACCCUGUCCUGGUACAGAGGAGAGAAGAGACUCAACCAGACCAGCAGCCCUGACCUCUCCACCAACCUGUCUCUCCCUCUGGAGAUAAAGCUACAGGACAACAAUAUCUACAGCUGUGUGGCUGCCAACCCAGUCAGCAACCAGACAACCAAACUCAACAUUGAAACACUCUGCCUUCAGUUUGUAGAGUCUGAUCCUAAUCUAAUCACAAUCGUUGUGAUAGUCCUUGGAAUAGGCCUGACGUUAUUUAUCGUAAUAUGCUGCAUCUGGAAAAUGAAAUAUAUUAAAGGGUGCUGUGUAUCCACGUAAGGGAGUCCAGAAGAGGAGGACUCUGUUGGGUAGCCUACUCUGUCAGACCCUGCAUUUUUAUUUAUUUAUUUUCAUUUUACCUUUAUUUAACUAGGCAAGUCAGUUAAGAUCAAAUUCUUAUUUUCAAUGACGGCCUAGGAACAGUGGGU